GUGAUCAAAAGUGCGACAAAUCAGCGACAGGAAAAUCCCAUAUUGGUACUCGCAUCUCUCCGUAUAGUAUGGAUUUCUAUAACUUUAGGCGGCCUUUGCUCAUUUUGGCUGCUCUUGGAUGCUGUUCUGAGGGCAAAACCAAACACCAAAACGAACGGUGUUAUCGGUAAAAAUGUGACCUUCAAGACAACAAUCACCUCAACACAGGAUUUUCUAACCGUAACAUGGCAUUUCAACAAAGAUCCAGUAAUUGCACCGAUAAUUACAAGUGUCCUAGUAACGAACACCGAUAACAUUGAUGAGAAAUACACCAGCAGAAUCAUCUACAAUAACGCGACGUGUGAGCUUCAGCUCGGUCCGCUGGUGAAGGAGGAUGAAGGGGAAUAUAUUCUCAAUAUAGUCACUACCAAAGGACAGCAACUGUCCGGACAGAUUGAUCUUGAGGUUCUUGAACCUGUAACUGACGUCAAGAUUUCGUCCAAUCUACCUGAAGCUGUAGAGUUCAACAGCACUGUGGUUCUUUCCUGCUCUGCCAAAGGCUCCUUUACUUACGAGUGGCUGAACGGUUCAGUCCCUUUGGUGGUGGAUGGCACACAUAUGAAACUAAAUGCAGUCGGCGAUGAGCUAACUAUCGCUGAAGUUCGCCGUACAGAUCUGCGAGGACCCAUCGUCUGCAUUGCAGAAAAUGCACUGGAGUCAGGGAGGAGCGCUCCCUUCAAUCUCACUGUGUGCUAUGGCCCUGAGAAAGUCAUCAUGACACAAACUCCAACAGAUUCAUUCCUCAAGAAUGGUUCUAACUUAACCCUUGCAUGCUCAGCCCAGUCUGACCCUCCCGCUCAGCUCCAGUGGAUGUUUAAUGGGGAGGAGAUGCCUCAGAAGACCACGGCCAACAUUACCCUCACCAAUGUAGAGGGAAAACACAGUGGGAACUAUAGCUGUGUGGCCUACAAUGCAAAGACCAACCGCUACGUUUCCUCGCAGGUUGCUGUGGUGUCUGUUCUGGGUAAGUCAGAAGCCUAAAGUCAUGUACAGAUGCUUUGAAUACAAAUAGAAGUUGCAUCAAUUGUGCAUUGUUUAUCUAGUACUACUAUUACAGCAGUCUGAGUAAAUGCAAA